ACUUAUUGUGAUUGAAUUUCAGUAUUCUCCUCAGAGCGCUAGUAGCCUGAAAUGGACACCUCUGAACCCACAGCCCUCGCCCUCACAAACCCUAACGCCGCCGCCGCCGCCGGAGAACCACCGCGAGUCCGGCAACAACCAAAACGCUUCAUAAAAAACCAAAUCCCCGACUCCAUCCUCAACAACGCAUCUCUCAACGCCGCAAUCUCCCUCCUCCCCUCAAACUACUCCUUCGAGAUCCACAAAUCAGUCUGGCGCGUCGCCUCCACGAACGCCAAGCGCGUCGCGCUCCAGUUCCCCGAAGGCCUGCUCAUGUACUCUCUCGUCAUCUCCGACAUCCUCACCGCCUUCGCCGACGUCGAGCGCGUCUUCAUCCUCGGUGACGUCACUUACGGCGCGUGUUGCGUUGAUGAUCUCGCCGCCGCGGCGUUAGGCGCCGAUUUGUUGAUUCAUUACGGACAUAGCUGCUUGGUUCCGGUGGAUAAUACGGUAAUUCCGUGUCUCUAUGUUUUUGUUGAUAUUAAAAUUGAUGUUAGUAAGUUGAUUAGUACGAUACAGUUGAAUUUGGCUGACAAGAUAAGUGAUGUUCGUAAUGGAUCAAGUGACGAAGUAAGUGAUAUUCGUGUUAAUUCGGGUGAGAAAGCAAGUGAUAUCGGUGUUAAUUUGGAUGCUAAAGUAAGUGAUAUUGGUGAUGAUUUGGGUGACAAAGUAAGUGAUAUUCGUGUUAAUAAGAUUGUGUUAGCCGGUACGAUCCAGUUUGGGACGGCUAUACGUGUGGCUAAACCGGAAUUGGAGAAGUUAGGGUUUAGGGUUUUGGUUCCGCAGUCGAAGCCGUUAUCGGCUGGGGAGGUUUUGGGGUGUACUGCUCCGACGAUUGUGGGGAAGGAGGUGGGUGAGGUUGGGGAAAAUGUGCUUGUUUUUGUUGCGGAUGGGAGGUUUCACUUGGAAGCGUUUAUGAUAGCAAAUCCGGGGGUUAAGGCGUUUAGGUAUGAUCCGUAUAUGGGAAAAUUGUUUUUGGAGGAGUAUGAUCAUGAGGGGAUGAAGGAAUGUAGGCGGAAUGCGAUAUUGAAGGCUAGGGAGGCGAAGAAUUGGGGGAUUGUGUUGGGGACUUUGGGGAGGCAGGGGAAUCCGAGGAUUUUGGACCGGUUGGAGAAGAAGAUGAAGGAGAAGGAUUUAGAUUGGACCGUCGUGUUGAUGUCGGAGUUGUCUCCAGCUAGGAUUGCAUUGUUUGGGGAUUCUGUUGAUGCGUGGAUUCAAAUUGCCUGUCCAAGGCUGUCAAUAGAUUGGGGUGAUGCAUUUGUAAAGCCACUUUUGAAUCCUUUUGAGGCUGAAAUUGCGCUUGGGGAUUUACCUGGCUGGUGGGAAAAGAGUGGCAUGAACUCAGAUUGUAACACGGGUGUCGGCUGUGAGAAGAAUGAAUCCUGCUGUCGAGGUGAUUGUACAGGCAAAAAAGAGGAGGGCAAGACUGUUGCGGAUUAUCCAAUGGACUACUAUGCUCAGGAUGGUGGGGAGUGGAAUUCUUCCUACUCAAAGAAGCAAACACGUCCAUCACGCAGAAUCCUUGUAUCUGGCAAGGAAAAUGGUCAUAAUUUGUGAUAUGAGUAGCUUGCAAAUUAUUUUUGAACUCUACUAUUGUUUAGCAUCGGGUACCAACUGCUGUAAAGAAGAUAGAGCUUCAAGCUGUGCUUUCGAACUGAGGGUUGGAUGGAUCAAGCUAUUAGUCUUCUGUUAGAUGUCGAUGGUAAAAUCUUCAUGCCGAGGACUCGGAGCUUUAAAGUGGAACCUUGCAGUCUUUGUUAGUUUGUAAGGUCAUGAAUGUGCUCAGCGAAGCAACAGAUAUUUUAAAGCUUGUGGAAUCAGCUUUGCACUGCUUGAUCUACUUGCUGUAUAAUUCAAACAUUUGACAACAUUAAGUUAUCUUUUAAAAGGGUCCAUGGACUUAUUUUUCGACGAAAUGUCCUGGAUAUCACAAAUUGUAAAAGGAUAUGUUAUAUGAAGUUGGACUUCAAAUGUUAGAUAAAGUGACAUUAUGCUGUAUUGAUGUA